AUGUCAAAAGAUACAUGGAAAAUUAUCUCUGCCACAGCUAUUUUAUCAAUAGCUUUUACAAAAGGUAUCGAAUUAGCAUGGAAUUAUCUUAAAUUAAAUUCAAAUAAUGCUAGCACUAACGUCAAAAAAUUGACUAACGGUACUAAAAAAUCUUAUGAUGAUGAUUUGUUUCGUGAACAAUUGGCUCGUAACUACGCUUUCUUAGGUGAAGAAGGUAUGCAAAAAUUAAAAGAUCAAUACAUCGUUGUCGUAGGUGCUGGUGGUGUUGGUUCUUGGGUUGUCACAAUGCUAGUUCGUUCUGGUUGCCAAAAAAUUAGAGUGAUAGAUUUUGAUCAAGUCUCUUUAAGCUCUUUAAACAGACAUAGUUGUGCAAAUUUAAAGGAUGUGGGUACACCAAAGGUAAAUUGUUUGAAAAAUCAUUUAUUAGAAAUUGCUCCUUGGUGUGAAAUUGAUGCCAUUAAUGAAUUAUGGACUUUAGAAAAUGCAGAAAGAUUGAUAUUCUCAAAUGGUAGACCUACAAUUGUAAUUGAUUGUAUUGAUAAUAUUGAUACAAAGGUUGAUUUAUUAGAAUAUCUAUAUAUCAAUAAAAUUGAAAUGAUUUCAUCUGGUGGUGCAUCUACAAAAAGUGAUCCAACGAGAAUGAAUGUAGCUGAUAUUACUGUUACAGAAGAAGAUCCAUUGGCUCGUUCCGUUAGAAGAAGAUUAAAGAAAAGAGGAAUAAAUACAGGUAUACCAGUUGUCUUCAGUGCUGAAAAACCAGACCCAAGAAAGGCAAAAUUAUUACCACUUCCUGAUAAUGAAUAUGAGAAGGGUAAAGUUGAUGAAUUAAGUGUAUUAAAGGACUUCCGUGUAAGAAUUUUGCCGGUAUUAGGUACUAUGCCUGGUAUAUUUGGUUUAACUAUAGCAACAUGGGUUUUAACAAAAGUUUCAGGUUAUCCAAUGGAACCAAUUGAGGGUAAAAAUAGAAUUAAAAUUUACGAUGGUAUUUAUCAAACUCUAGCUGGUCAAAUGACUAGAAUUAAUAUGCCUGAUCAACGUGUUCCAAUUGCAUUAAGAGAAGUUCCAUACAUUGUGGAAGAAGUAUUUAGAGGUAAGUCUCCAAUCAGUGGCUUCUCGACCCGUUUAACUUUAUCAAAGUGGGAUCCAGAACAACCAGUUUCAUUACAAAAUGUUGUAUUGAUGACUAAAGAAGAACAACAAGAGCAUGAAAAAAGGGUUUUGAAUGGUAAUGAAAAAUUAAUAGAAGUAUAUUCUAAGGAAGCCUUGGAUAUGGUAGAAAAAAGAUUUUCUGAAGAAAGAUACUACUCACAGUUUAGAUAA